UGGCCGAGCCCGCCGUGUCUUUUCGCUUCUGGGACGACGUCGCUGAGCGGGUGUUUACUUAGUUCUGCAGAGGCCAGCCUUCCUAAGACUUCAGACACCGAUUUUCUUAUGGCAGGGCGGGGAGGGGAAGUGACCAACUAAGGAAAAAAUUCUCGCAAGCGGCAAUUUCUCACUUUGAACUUGGAGGGCAGCAACAGGGUUGCAGGUGUAAAUGAACGGGAAGACAGGGUGCGUGGCUAAAUUGCUCUGCGUGCACAGAGUAGGAGAGCCCAGAGUUCCAGAUCACCCCUAAUUCCGAACACCACAGGGUAAGUCUGGAGCGAGUCACCUGGGAGGUCUUACAGGUGCCAUAAUGCAGGCCUGGGGCACUGUGAUAGUGACCUUGGCCAUACUGAUGGUUGUCACUGUGGAUGCCAAGAUUUAUGAACGCUGCGAGCUGGCUGCAAGACUGGAGAGGGCAGGGCUGAACGGCUACAAAGGCUACAGUGUUGGAGACUGGCUGUGCAUGGCUCACUAUGAGAGUGGCUUUGACACCGCCUUCGUGGACCACAAUCCUGAUGGCAGCAGUGAAUAUGGCAUUUUCCAACUGAAUUCUGCCUGGUGGUGUGACAAUGGCAUUACACCCACCAAGAACCUCUGCCACAUGGAUUGUCAUGACCUGCUCAAUCGCCAUAUCCUGGAUGACAUCAUGUGUGCCAAGCAGAUCGUGUCCUCACAGAACGGGCUGUCUGCCUGGACUUCAUGGAGGCGGCACUGUUCUGGCCAUGAUUUAUCUGAAUGGCUCAAGGGGUGUGCUAUGCAAGUGAAAAUUGACCCAAAAAAUUAUCCAUGACUCAGAUUCGAAGAGACAGGUUUUAUUUCCCUUUCAUUCCUUUCUCUUGUGCAUUUAAUAAAGGAUAGUAUCUAUAAACAAUGCAAAAGAUUCUCUGAUGCCUGACUCUCUUCAUUUAUUCAAUGCCUGGAGGUACCCUCAUUCCAUCACUUUCUCCAUACAUUCAAAGGUCUA